AGGCCACGCACUUGUCGCAGCCACUAGUCCCGCGAGAGAGGGGGAACCGGGGGCGGUUAGAUGGAUGGAUGACCCUGCUGCUUCCCCUCCCUAACAGCCCCAGCUGUCAACUCCUUUCCUGACUUCCCCACCCUGCCCCCGGUACCAUGGCGUCCAGCGAGGAGGACGGCACGGUUGAGGAGAAGGAAACCAACAACAAGAAGAGAACCAAGAGCGCCCUCGCCACCGCAUGGCUCACUUUCUACAACAUCGCCAUGACCGCAGGGUGGAUGGUUUUGGCCAUGGCGAUGAUGCGCUUCUACAUCCAGAAAGGCACACACAAAGGUCUGUACAGAAGUAUAGCAAGGACACUCAAGUUUUUCCAGACCGUUGCAUUAGUUGAGGUGGGACAUUGUGCCAUCGGAAUCGUGAGGACUUCUGUGAUUGUAACCGGGGUUCAAGUGUGUUCAAGGAUUUUCAUGGUUUGGUUCGUCACCAACAGCAUCAGACCGAUCCAGAACGAAGAGAGCGUAAUCCUAUUCCUGGUCGUGUGGACGAUGACAGAGAUUACCAGAUAUUCCUACUACACAUUCAACCUGCUCAACCACCUGCCGUACUUCAUCAAAUGGGCCAGGUACAACCUCUUCAUCGUCUUGUACCCUGUGGGAGUCGUUGGAGAACUGCUGACCAUUUAUGCUGCUCUGCCGUUCGUACGCAGAUCUGGAAUGUACUCCACGAGGCUCCCCAACAUAUAUAAUGUCUCCUUCGACUACUACUACUGCCUCAUCAUUGUCAUGUUGUCCUACAUCCCACUGUUUCCUCAGCUCUACUUCCACAUGCUGCGGCAGAGGAGAAGGGUGCUUCAUGGGGAGGUCAUCGUGGAGAAGGAUGACUAGAAAAAGCCGCCACAUCAUGCCUUCCUUUGAGCCAGCCUGCCUCAGAAUCACCCCUCAACUCCCCCCCCCCCCCCUCCCCCUCCCCCUCCACAUCAUCUCCUCCUUGGUCCUUAGCACCAUCAGCUUUUACAUUCUUUACUGCACUGGACCGGAAAACGCCGUGCAGAUGAAAACCUGUCUGACAAGAGCUGUAUCACUUGUGAUAACAUGGAAGAAAGGCGUUCAUCAGUACUGUGAGAAAAAAAAAAUACAUACAUGUAGGAUUGAUUCCUAUCUGGGCGGUAAUAUUGGAGACAUGUUUACAGUCCCAUUGUUGCUGUGGAGCUUGAAACAGAAGCUCGACAUUGUGUCUCAGUUCAGAGACCCUGUGUCUUUAUUUUUUUUCACCCAACAAGCUUAACGCACCUUGUUGCUGCUCACACCUGUCUGAGGGAGAAUAAGGCAAAUGAGAGGCUUCCUGGGAAAUGUAACAUGGGAAGGAAGAUUGUAAGUUGUGUCUCUGUAAGUGUCCCCACUUUACCCCCCCCAAAUUAACACAAUUGGCAUUAUUAUUAUAAUAUGUGAAGAGUAUUCCACCACAGUGAUUUUACACAGUGCAAUUGUAAAAAAAAAAAAAAAAACAUGGUUUCAUAAGAUCAAAUAUUCAUAGUCUAGUAUCAUAGCUCAACAAUAAAUCUACAUUUAGACAUUAUGCUGCUUCUUUUGUGUAUGUUUGUUUUACCUUCUGUGUAAAUGAUGCAAUGUGAAAUGAGCGGCUAAAUCAAUUACUUAAAGAUAAUUUAUUCACAUACUGUCGAGCAAGCACAGCUCAAACUUAACUCUGUUGUCUGCUCGGCUCAUCUGCAUUCUUCUAUGUUGCUUUGAUGUUUACUGUGUCAAAUUAAUUUACAAGAGUGCAUCUUACACUAAAUUGAGUUCAAAACUAGCAGGUUUUUCUCUGUAGAAAAUUCAGAUUUUCUUUUUUUAAGCGCUCAUCCUUCAGCCUGUUUUGUCUGUUUUUUAACAUAAAGACUGUCAUGUCCAUGUUGAUUUAAAAACAAAAAAAAGUUGUUAGUCCCCCCCCACUAAAGGUGCUAUUGUGAGAUCUUUUCAAUCUUCUGUGCAGCUGAAGCAGUGACUGACUUUCCUAAAGUCGGAAAACAGGAUGUGAAAUGAUUGAGAGGAAAGGUUAAGGUUAACGGACUGCAUAUCCCAUGGUUAGCAAAGAAAAUCUACAUUUCUUAUAAUCUGUGUUAGAGGAGAGAGAACUCAAGUUAUUGUUAAAUCAAGAACAAAACAAUUGAAAUGUGAAAAUACCUGUUUGUGAAAAAUCAAUAAACUAAAUUGUACAAUC